AUGGGUACAGGUGUGGGUAUGUUGAACCGUGCGUACAAGAAACACCAUGUAUAUGCUAAAAUCUUAUCAUAUUCUGUGUUACAGGUUUCGCUUUCUUUGGCGGUAGCAGUUGUAGCCGACCAGACCUCACACGUCAGCAUCAGUCUCGGUGGUGCUCCUGCUGUCAGCCAUCACAGUUCCUCUCACCAUGCGCGCCCUUCAUACCACCAUCAACCUACCUACCAUCCACAGCCCGCCUACCAUCCACAACCUUCCUAUCACCCUGCUCCCGCUUAUCACCCACAGCCUUCCUAUGAGCAUGAACACGAACCUGCUGUGCCAGAAUGUGCUGCCAACACAACCAAAUCAUGGUGCCUCCAAGACGACCAUUAUCCCACCUACGAGAUCAAACACGCAGCCGAGUAUCACUAUGAGAAGCUUCUCUCCCUCUAUGCUGACGUAGCUGACCUCAACACUGAGUUGUCUGUGGACCGACCAAACACCCUGGAUGAGGAAACUUACUUGUGCCCAUCAGAGACCGCUUACAUCAGGCCCCUUCGUGCCCAGAACACCGAGGGUAAAUGGCGUGUCGUUGUAAACAAUAUCGAUGCCCAUUAUCAGACUCUCACUCAGACUACACGCAUCGAAGAGUGUCUCACUUCCGCCGAUGCAUGUCCUCUGGUGCCUGACUGUUACGAGUCCAAGUGUCUGCAGAAAUUCAUCUACCACCGCUUCCUUGUCUACGACCCCUAUGAUCAGUACUUCCCCUUCGCCAUCGAGACAUUCAAUCUUCCCGCCAGCUGUGCUUGUCACUUGGGUGCCUACACCAUCGAUCAUUAGUCACCAAACACCUGAUCUCAAGCCGCAUUGGAGGCGCGGGGUUGAACUUAACAUCAAUUCAACAGAUUUUAACGUCUUUACCGUCCAUUUAAAAGUCGUAAAGUACGUGAAGAAAGCAGUUUCCUAUCCAUCUAUUUGUAAUAAUAUCUACAGAGAGGAUGAGAACUGAUCACAAAUGACAUCAAAAUCCAUCUCUUUUGUGAAAUAUGAAAAUAAAGGUAACAUCUUAUA